GCUUUUACAAGUUCAAUAUGCUUUAGAUUAUUUGCAAUUAACUUUUUUUCUCAAUCAGUCAACGGUUCACAGCCAGACCGCUCUUGAAACUUUUCACGAGGAUAUGGUGCAUGAUGCACAACUCGAUUAUUAUGGGAAGAGAUUAGCAACUUGUUCUUCUGAUCGUUCUAUUAAAAUAUUCGAAAUUGAAGGAGAAAAUCGUCAGGAAAUUGUGACAUUGAAAGGUAUAUUAGCCUCAUGUUCAUAUGAUAGUAAAGUUAUUAUUUGGAAAGAACAGAAGGGUUCUUGGAAAAAAAUCAAGGAAUAUACAGGGCAUACAGCUUCUGGUAUGAUAAGAUUAGUACAGGUUGGAGACCUAAAUGAGUUUAUUAUUUUAAAAGACGAUGGUUCAUGGGAUGCACGUACUUUUGAAGCACACACCAUCGGUGCUAAUUCGGUCAAAGACACUAAUGAAUGGAAAGAUGAGGAAACUUUAGAAGGACACACAGAUUGGGUACGUGAUGUCGCGUGGGCUCCAAAUGUUGGCCUUCCAAAAAGCUAUUUGGCUAGUUGCUCUCAGGACAAGACUGUCUUUAUUUGGACCCAAGACACGCCAAAUUCUACAUGGAAUAAAAAACCCCUUCGUAAUGAUAAGUUCCUUGAUGUUGUAUGGCGAGUUAGUUGGUCUCUGUCUGGCAAUGUGCUUGCGGUUGCCUGUGGCGACAAUAAAGUCACCUUGUGGAAAGAAAACUUAAAAGGUGAAUGGGAAUUAUUGAGUGAAUUGGCUGAACAAUGA